UUAACUUCCUGAUUUUUGACAUGUGAGAACGUUUUAAUUUGACUGGUUUGUCUGCUGGUUAUGUUACUGAUGUCAGUGUUGCGCAGAUAAAUUUGCUUGAAGUGGUGCCAGAUUAACGCUGCUGGCAGGGAAGGGAAAAAGUAGCAUUGAACACCCUGAGGUAGAGAAACAACAGCCCAGUGAAAUAGGAAAGAAAAAAAACUAGGAGACUGAGACAAUAAAGAGCAACGGGAGAGAAAAAAAAAAUGACUAGGGCGAAAUGAAACGAAUGAAGGAGCGAAGAGAAUAAAGUAAUUGAGUGGUGGCAUUGUGGGUUUCUUAACAGCAAGUAAAUUGCAUAAAGCUAUAAGCUGGAAACCGAGUGCUUAAAUCUGGGAAUUUGCUACGUGAGGAAGGAGGUGCUCUCUUGCCUUUUAUAAAAAAUAGGAGUGAUCCAAGAGGAAGUUGGUGACAGUGAAGGUCCAAAAGAAGGAGCCAGAGACAAUGAAAGCCAAGAGCUGAUGCCCAGAGGCAUUUAUUAACUGUGCAGGCAAUCUCAAUUGAUGUUCCACCACGUCUACAGAGAAAUCCACCCUCCAUCUUCCUUGCCACUCCUAAAAUUUGGACGCAGCAUGACAAUGUCAGACUUUGAUGUGAAAGCCUCCCCUCUAAAUUGGAGCCAGGAGAGGGGGAUGGAUCAGUGAUGUGCAAUGUCCUCGGACGAAACUCCCCCAAAAUUGAGGAAAUCAGAAUCACAUCAUGAAGAAAUUGUGAAGAUGGUUCCUUUAAGCAGAGUUUCUGUUUGGAGAAGCAAGAAAAUGCUGGUCUUUUUAAUGUUGUUCUGUGCAAUAACAUUAACUGCCACAAUCUGCAGAUAUGAGUUGAGAAAUGGUUAUAUAGGCGAAUAUUUUCAGUUUUUUGAAAAUAUGACAAUGCAGUGUGAAACAGAGGAAGAUUCUGAAACGGUGAACGCUUCUUUGAAAGGAAUUUGGACAAUUAACCCUAAUGGACGACUUGGCAACCAGAUGGGCGAGUAUGCAACGUUAUACACAUUGGCAAAAUUGAAUGGUCACCAAGCGUACAUUUUACCUGCCAUGGCCAAUUACCUGUCUCCUAUCUUCAAAAUUACACUUCCGACCCUCCAUGGCAGACUGAGAUAUAGGAUAAAUUGGAAGCAAUAUAAUCUCCAUGACUGGAUGGACGAUGAGUACCGUAAUAUUCCAGGAAAGUGUGUUAUGUUCUCAGGGUAUCCAUGUUCUUGGACCUUUUACCAUCAUAUCCGAGAAGAAAUUCUCCAUGAGUUCACCUUUCAUGACUUUCUCAAAGAACAGGCCAAUGCGUUCCUUAGACGCAUUGCGGGGAAGCGAAAGAAUGUAACGUAUGUUGGUGUUCAUGUUCGAAGAGGAGAUUACAUACAUGUCAUGCCAGAUAUUUGGAAAGGAGUCAUAGCUGAUAAGAAAUACUUGGACACAGCAAUGGCUUACUUCAGAAAUAAAUACAAAAAUGUUAUUUUUGCAGUGACAAGUAAUGGAAUGGAUUGGUGUAAGGAGAACAUUGAUAAUUCUAAAGGAGAUGUUUUCUUUUCAGAUGAUCCAAAGCAAUCGAGUCCAGCUGAAGACAUUGCAAUCCUUGCUCAUUGUAAUCACACUAUAAUGACAAUAGGGACAUUUGGUUAUUGGGCUGCUUACUUGGCAGGUGGGGAGACAAUUUACCUCACAAACUUUACUUUGCCUGAAUCACCAUUUCUAAAGUUAUUCAAGUACGAGGCAGCUUUCUUACCUCAAUGGAUCGGAAUUCCUGCAGAUCUCUCACCUCUCCUGCCCAAGUAAACUUCAAAUUAGCUCAAUAGUUACAUGUCUUAUAAUCUUAAAAUCUCAUCAAUUUUAUAUUGCUUGUGUUCAAUAUUUUUUAAAUUGCAAAAGCACCAAGUUCAGAAAUCAAAGUGUCCAGAAUGUCCAGUGAAAGUUAUAUUAAAUUUUAAAGUGUUUGUUUUGUCAAAGUCACCGCCUAAUAUAUUUUAAUGAGUUUCAGUUAUGUUGCUGAGAUUAGUGAAUGAACAGCAUUGUAGAGUUUCACAAUUUACAGUUGAUGUUUGUCUAGACAGUACAGCGGUGGAACUGACACUCAAAAACAACUAUAUUUUAAGGAUUUUCUCAAGGAAAAAGAUGUAAAGUUAACUUGAUUAUUUUUUAAUUCACUCUUCGUGAAUUAAAUCAUGGAGAAUUUAGGGUGGGAGGGCAGUGUUACAUUCCUCUUCUCUUCGAUGUAAAUGUACCAAUUUUACACGCAAAGUGGUGAAACAAUAAUGUUGGUUCUUUAUUUGAAGAUAGGACUGUACAAAGAUUUAGCUAAGGGUCUAAGUAUAGUACAUCUAAUCUCUGUUAGUGCUGCUUGCAGACUGAUUACAAGUUGUGGGACUAAUACAUCAUAUCCUGUGUUCAUGGUAAUGAUGGACAGAAGUUUAAGAUCUGCUCUCAUCGUAUCACAACAUCCCUUUUUUUCUUAACAAAAGAUUUACCUUUAAAGAAUCAAACUAUUUGCAUAACAGAAAAGGAAAACAACAUGGCUUCUGAAUGUUCUUUAACGCUGGUCUAAAUUUACAAGCCCGUGAAACAUACCAGCAGUUUGCUUAUCCGUCCAGACUUAGUUAUGGUGAUCUUUGCUGAAGGUUGCUGUAUGAUUGCAGAACGCUGGUUGAGGAUAUUGCGUUUGUGUGCCUCUUAGACCCUUGUUCUAUUUGCAAUAGGAUUGCUUACUGUUUCAGGUUGUGGCAUUAUUCUGGUAUGGCAUCUAUUUUGUUGCACUGUCAUGCCUUUUGGUGUCAUACUUGAAAUGAUCUUGGUGCUGGGCAAAUGCUGAUAACUUCUGCUGGAAUCCAUAAACCUUCAAGUUGGGUAUUGAACUCAAAUUUUCUGCCUGAUGUUCAGGUUGAGUAAUUAGUUACCCAGAUGCUGGUCAUAGCCAUCUCUCAUUUCCCCCUGUUUUUCCAUGGGAGUAUUGAUGAGUGAUAACUUGGGGGGUGUUGUCCACAUUUGUCUGCCAAAUAGUAACAGUAAGAUCACAAUAUAUUGGCACAGUGGUGUCAACAGAAGCCUUUUCCACCAUCUAGAUUAAAUACUCACACAUUCAGGGACAGCGUAACUUGUACGCAAAGCUGGAUACACGUGCAGGUGCAAACAUUCACCUCCUUCACACGCUGAAAUGUAUGUACCCAUAGGUGGGACAAAUGAUGAUUCAACCAACUACUGCCAAACUCAUCACAUACAAUUGGCCAGAGACUCCAUCUCAGAUCCAUUACACUCAACAACAACUCACUCUGGUCACCUCAGACAUUUUAUGUCUUGGACACUAUCGGUUCAGUGAUUGCAGGCCCAACAUCAUGCAAGGACCUAUCCUUGGUCACCAUCCGUGGUAUCCUCAAAACAAUGACAAGGAUCGCAGACCAAAAGGUGUGCCAUUGGAAACCCCAUACUUACACUGAGAGAAGACAGUCUAACUGUGCAAAUGCAGAUCAUCAACCGACAGGCAAACACUUAUCCCCAUUCCAAACUUGCACACUUCAUUGCCCUGCAGAAAUAUUGCCAAAUUACUAUUCGACAGCCAAGUGCAGAGAACACUCCCCAGUCAUCACUCGUCCAUAAUCCCAGGAGGACAAAAUGUAUUAAUUGACAAACAGGAGAAGGUGAAAGAUAGCCACGACUGGUAUGUAGGUAACAAAUUGCUCCCAAACUGAAAGUCGAACAAAAAAAUUUGACUACAACACUCACCUGAUGGCAUAUCGAAUCCAUUGAAGAUUGUCAGCAUAUGCCCAGAACCCUGAUGAUGUCAAGCAUGAACAACAAAUGGCGUGACAAUGUGACAAAAAUGCCAAAUCUAAAAAUUAGUACAACCAGAAACACCAAGGGUGGAAUCAUCCCAGAUUUGCACAAAGUGUGGUAGCAGGCGAGGGGGGAUAACAGUCACUUUACUCACCAACCGCAAAGGUGGGUUUUCACGCCACAUCGUCCCUUUCCCACCUCAUUAAUUAUGUAGCCAUAGGAAACACGCCAUCUCGCUGGCGGGCGGCCUCUGAUUUGCCAGCCACCCCAUUACCUCAGCGCUUCCUCACACAGGAUGCCAUAUUUAAACUGCAGCCUUGCACACGUUUCUCAAUGUUUGCAGCCCAGGACUGCUCUGGUGAAGAUAUGGCCCCAAAAACCAAGGCUGAAUCCUCCUGGUUCAGUGACGCACCCCUGGGAAGCCUUCUGGACACCAUGGAGAUCUUGAGGAGGUGGUGCAAAGGUGGUCACUGCCAAAGCUGCACUCAAGAGGUUGGCCAUCCCGUGCAUAAAAUGGAUGAAUGGUAUCAUAUGUGCUGCCAGGGUAAGGCAACAAUCUUAUCAUUCUAAACUCUCACGCUCACAAGGCCAUCCCAUGUUCACUGGCAUCUCACUCACUGCCAGCUCGAGGGACAUCACCAUCAUUCUCUCUCUCCCUCUCUCACACACACCCACAUACCUCCAUCAGGCCUCAUCUCUUCUGGAGACUGCCUCCU